UUGAACCUCUCCUUGCUCUUCCAGGUGGAGCUGACCGGCAGCAGCAUCUUCGACUAUGUCCACCCAGGAGACCAUCUAGAAGUGGCCGAUCAGCUGGGGCUGAAGGCUCCCCUGGGCCCCGGUCACUCCCAGCGUCCUAAAGCCCCCCUCCUGGGCCCCUCCGCCUCGUCCUCCAGCUUGUCUGAGGGUCCUCAGUCAGGAGACGAAGUCCUGGAACGUUCCUUCUUUGUCCGCCUGAAGUCCACUUUGACCAAGAGAGGACUUCACAUCAAGACGUCGGGCUAUAAGGUGAUCCACGUCACAGGCCGCCUCCGUUCCCGACGUCCGUCCUAUCCCCACGCGGUGCUGGGCCGGGUGCUGGGACUGGUAGCGCUGGCCCACACCCUGCCUCCCUCCACCCUCAGCGAGGUGCGCAUUGAGUGCCACAUGUUCGUCUUCCGGGUCAACAUGGACCUCCAGAUCGUGUACUGUGAGAGCAGGAUCACGGACUACAUGGACUUCUGUCCCUCGGAACUCGUGGGGAAGAGCUGCUAUCGGUUCAUCCAUGGGGAAGACGUGGAAGGGAUCCAGCAAAGCCACUUGGACU